AUGGCCAAGCGACACGAAAGUACACAAGACGAUUUAAAAAUCGCCAUCGCCGGCGCAGGAUAUGGCGGUUUGACAGCGGCCAUUGCUUUUGCGCGCCUACUUCCCUUGAACGUGAGCCUGACUAUCUUUGAGCAGGCCACGGAAUUGAAAGCGGUUGGUGCAAGCAUUGGAAUAGGACCAAAUGGCCUGCGCUCUCUUUACAAGCUCGGCGUCAACCCGGCGCUGAUUGAAGAGGUCGCUUCUCGACAGCCUAGUGGUCGACCUUUUGUCUACCUCCACUGGUUAACAGGCGAGGUGCUUAAAGAAACCGCCCACCAUGCAGUUAAAGAUCCUCGCGAUGCCAUGGCUCGCUUCCAUCGAGCAGACCUUCAGAAACUUUUGCUAGAGAGUUUACCCGAGAAAGUGACAAUGAAGCUCAGCAAGAGAGUGAAGUCAGUGCGGGUCCAGUCACCGCAAGAUGGCGGAGGCGUUCUGCUUGCUUUCGAAGACGAAACUACCUUCGAAGCAGACCUCUUGGUGGGCGCAGACGGCAUUCACUCGGUGGUCAGGAAAGCUUUUGCUCCAAAUCACAGUCUCCGAUGGACGGGAGACAUUCUCUUUAGGUCUACCUUUGAUAGAUCUUUGGUGGAAAAGAUCGAAGAUCUACCCGCUGACGCUGUGUUCCACUGUGGACCAAAUGAGAACUUCCUCUUCACAUCCCGAUUAGGUACGUCAGGCGCUGUCUGCAAACCAAGGGGGGAGCAUAAGCUUGCCCGGAAAAUGAAAGCCAACGGGCCGCAAGGGAAAACCCAGUACACUGUCGUCGGUCAAACGCAGUCUGAUCCCGAUGAUCCAGAAAAUCCAUCUCGAACAGCACAGUGGAAUACGGAAGGGGACGUGACUACAUUGAGAGACUUAUACAAGGGCUGGCAUCCAACCGUGGAAAAAAUCCUAAAAGCGACACCAACCACGCGACUCUAUCCAAACCACCUGGGCAUACCUCUGAAAUCAAUGGUCUCCGAAACCUGUGUUGCUUUAAUUGGCGAUGCCGGACAUACCCACGGUGGCGCGUUCGCGUCCGGGGGCUCCCAGGCAAUGAACGAUACCCACGCUCUUGCGUUGGCCUUGGCUCAUAUCUGGCCAACCGAAAAGAACGCAAAGCCAGACCGUCCUCAAGUGGCGAGGGCAUUGGCUCUAUUUGAUGGAACCCGGCGCCCUCAUGUCAACAAGCUCAUUGAUCUAGUGCAGAUUGGGUUGGCCGCUCGGCAGGCGAAAUUGAGAGAUGUGCGGAAGGUGGAAGAGACUGAUAAAGAGCGAAGGGAGAGAAUAUCGGGGCUGUCUGAUAUUGCAUGGCUUGCGGAGCACGAUGUUGAAGCUGCAUUCCGAGACUUCGCGCAGACCGAAUUUGCGAAGCUUUAA